AUGAUUAAUGAUUUUAAUACUAUUGCAUAUUUUGGUGAUGGAAAAAUCGAUAAUAUGAGAAAUCAAGCACUUAAUAGAGUUAAAUCUAUUUUAACAAAUGCAUACAAUAAAGGUUUUGAUUAUUGGGCUGAAGGAUUAAUUCAUCAAGUUGCUCAUCGU